UAAAAAAACACAGAAACGUUUUCUCUGUCACUUUUUCGAUUAAAUAAAAGAAAAAAGGUUUUUAUGUGGAUUGAUAAUAGAAACAUAUGAAACAAUCGUCAUAAGAAGCAGAGAUUCACCUUCUCCUCCUCUCUCUCUCUCUCUCUCUCUCUCUCUCUUUAUCUUUCCCUCUCAGACACACAGGAGAUUCGAACACAACAACAACAACAAAAAAAAAAGUCAAACAAAACGAUGGCGUUUCAUCAGAAUCAUCUCUCUCAAGACCUCUCUUUCAAUCACUUCACCGACCAACACCAACCUCCUCCGCCUCCUCCACCUCCGCAACAACAACAACAUUUCCAGGACUCUGCGCCUCCCAACUGGCUCAACACGGCUCUCCUCCGCUCCGACAACAACUUCCUCAACCUCCACACGACCGCCGCCAACGCCACCGCCGCGAGCAGCUCCGAUUCUCCUUCCUCCGCCGCCGCCGUCGCCGCUAACCAGUGGCUUUCCCGCUCCUCCUCCUUCCUCCAACGCACCGCAAACAACAACAACGCCGCCGUUGUCGGAGACGUCAUCGACGACGUAACCGGAGGAGGAGCCGAGCAGAUGAUGAGCGGCGGUGAGAACAAGAACGACGGAGGAGGAGGAGAAGGAGUCGUGAGCUGGCAGAAUGCGAGGCACAAGUCGGAGAUCCUCUCUCAUCCUCUCUACGAGCAGCUUCUGUCGGCGCACGUCGCGUGUCUGAGAAUCGCUACUCCGGUUGAUCAGUUGCCAAGGAUCGACGCUCAGCUUGCUCAGUCGCAGCACGUCGUCGCCAAGUACUCCACUUUAUGCGGCGGCGGGCAAGGACUCGUCGGCGGGGACGACAAGGAGCUUGACCAGUUCAUGACGCAUUAUGUGCUGCUUCUAUGCUCUUUCAAAGAGCAACUGCAACAACACGUGCGUGUUCAUGCGAUGGAAGCUGUGAUGGCUUGUUGGGAGAUUGAGCAGUCUCUUCAAAGCUUAACCGGAGUGUCUCCCGGUGAAGGAAUGGGAGCAACAAUGUCGGACGAUGAAGAUGAACAAGUAGAGAGCGAUGCUAAUAUGUUCGAUGGGGGCUUAGAUGUUUUGGGUUUUGGUCCUUUGAUUCCUACUGAGAGUGAGAGGUCUUUGAUGGAACGUGUUAGACAAGAACUUAAACAUGAACUCAAACAGGGUUACAAGGAGAAGAUAGUAGACAUAAGAGAGGAGAUAAUGAGGAAGAGAAGAGCUGGGAAGCUACCUGGAGACACCACCUCUGUUCUCAAAGGAUGGUGGCAGUCUCAUUCCAAAUGGCCUUACCCUACUGAGGAAGAUAAGGCGAGGUUGGUGCAGGAGACAGGUUUGCAGCUAAAGCAGAUAAACAAUUGGUUCAUCAAUCAGAGAAAGAGGAACUGGCACAGCAAUCCAUCUUCUUCCACUGUCUUGAAGAACAAACGCAAAAGCAAUGCAGGUGACAAUAGCGGAAGAGAGCGUUUCACGUAGGAAAGAACAUAUAUAUGGAAGUGAAUUUGUAGCUGGAUUGGUUGGGAUUUGAAGCAAAGGGUUUUUAGGGGUUAAAGGCGAGAAAAUGAAGGAGAAGUUGGGCUUAUAUAGAAGAGAGGGGACAGUAUUAGACAGUAACUUUUUGUGCAAUUACAACAUAGUACGCAGUUUGGUUAUGUGAUGCCAUGUUUUUAUUAGUAGUACUAGUAAGUAAGUACACAAAUCCCAAAAGUAAAAGAAAUAAGGUUAUCAUUAUUUUAUGAUUUCCAUUAUUUUUUUG